AUAAAGCAAGAUGGCGUCUGACGGUGAAGACGUUAUUGCAGUCGUCAAACUUCAGUGUUCUUAAUCUGUGCGUCCAUGUACACAUAUAUGUCCUUUAUUAGACUCUAUUAAAUAGAGUAAACAUCGUUAAUAACUGUUUGCAUCCGGUUAUAUUAGUCUGAGCGCACUUUGAUGCUUCUCGAGCUAGCUUAGCCUGCUAGUUAGCUUAGCUUGUUAGCUGCUAACAAAGAAGGCGGAAGUGAUCAAAACACAUCGCUAAGCAGAGAUCAAGUGUGAGUGUAAAGUGUUGUGAUUGUGUGAAAAUGUGCGAAAGAACGAUAGCAGAGUACGAGGAGGAACUUUGUCCAACAAAAGAGGAGAAGGAGCGACAACAUCAAAAACAUCAAGUUGUGUUACACAGAACAGACAACCAUCAGCUGAUUGGACACCAAGAAGAAUGUCUCACUCAUCUGCAGGGGGACAGUUUCACUUCAGAGUAUCCACAGCCCUCACAUUUUAAAGGGGACGAGGAGGAUCCACAGCCCCCCUAUUUUAAAGAGGAAGAGGAGGGAGAGUGUCCUGUAGGGCAGGAGGAGGCUGAUCUCACCAAGUUUCCACUGACUGUUGUCUCUGUGAAGACUGAAGAGCAUGAAGACAAACCACCUGAGUCCUCACAGCUUCAUCACAGUCCAAACGUCUGUGAAGAACAUCUUCACCCUGAGCAACAGAAGUGGAGCUUCAGAAUGGGGACGGAGGAGCCACAGCCCUCCCAUAUUAAGAAGGAAGAGGAAUACGCACUGAUCCCCCAUUUUAAAAAGGAAUCGAUGGAUCCACUGAGCCCUCACAUUAAGGAGGAAGAGGUGGAUCCACUGACACCCCAUUUUAAAGAGGAAGAGGAGGACCCACUGGCACCCCAUUUGAAAAAGGAAGAGGAGGACCCACUGACACCCCAUUUUAAAGAGGAAGAAGAGGACCCACUGACACCCCUUUUUAAAGAGAAAGCGGUGGAUCCACUGACCCCUCACAUUAAGGAUGAAGAGGAGGACCCACUGACUCCUCACAUUAAAGAGGAAGAGGAGGAACACAGCAUCAGUCAGCAGGGAGAGCAUCUUGAAGGACUGGAGGAGGUUGAUGUCACCAAGAUGCCAGUGACUGGUGUCCCUGUGAAGAGUGAAGGUGAUGAGGUCAAAGGUGAAAGUGAGGAGAAGAGAGAGGCGGAGCCUCCAAGCAGCAGCUCAACUCAACACAUGACAACAGAAGCUGAUGGAGACCACUGUGGAGGAUCACAAGCAGACAAGCUCUUAGCUCCACUAUCAGAUAGUGAGGACACAACGUCACACUCUCCUGACACUGAUGAUGAACACUCUAAAGAUGAUAAGACAUGUCACACUGACAACACACACUUCACAUGUUCUCACUGUGACAAAACUUUUAAUAACCGUCGUAAUCUGAAAAAACACACAAAUGUACACACCGAAGAAAAACCUUUUUCCUGCUCAGAAUGUGGUAGAGAUUUUAGACUAAAACAAAUGCUGAAAGAACAUAUGAGAAUACACACUGGAGACAAACCUUUUUCCUGCUCAGAAUGUGGUCAAAGUUUUCAAAGAAAUCAGUAUUUAAAAGUACACAUGAGAACACACACUGGAGAAAAUCCUUUUUCAUGUUCAAUCUGCGGUAAAGAUUUUACUCAAAGGUCCUUUUUGAAAAUACACAUGAGAAUACACACAGGAGAAAAACCUUUUUCCUGCUCAGAAUGCAGUAGAGAUUUUAGACUAAAACAAAGUCUGAAAGAACAUAUGAAAAUACACACUGGAGAAAAACCAUUCAAGUGCUCAAUUUGUAGUAAAGAAUUCAACCAGAAGGGAAAUUUGAUACAACACACAAAAACACAUACUGGAGAAAAACCUUUUUCAUGUUCAAUUUGUGGUAAAGAUUUUACUCAAAAAUACAAUUUCAAAGCACACAUGAGAACACACACUGGAGAAAAACCUUUUCAAUGUUCAAUCUGCGGUACAGAUUUUACUCGAAUGGACCAUUUCAAAGCACACAUGAAAAUACACACUGGAGAAAAACCCUUUUCCUGCUCAGAAUGUGGUAAAGCUUUUGGACGAAGAAGCACUUUAAAAGUACACAUGAGAAUACACACUGGAGAAAAAAAAAAUUCUUGUUCAAUCUGCAGGGAAGGUUUUGUAAAUAGUCAGUAUUUAAAAGAACACAUGAGAACACACGCUGGAGAAAAACCUUUUUCCUGCUCAGAAUGUGGUAAAACUUUUGUACAAAGAAACCCUUUGAAAGUACACAUGAGAAGACACACUGGAGAAAAACCUUUUUCCUGCUCAGAAUGUGGCAAAAGUUUUGUAAUAAAUCAAGGUUUAAAAGAACACAUGAGAACGCACGCUGUUAAAAAACCAUACUCCUGUUCAAGCUGCAACAAAAGCUUAUGUCACCUAAAAUCUUUGAAAGCACACAUGAGAACACACACAGGAGAGAAAGUGUUGAGUUGCAGUGUGUGUGGUGAAAGAUUCUCUUAUAAGUACCAGUGUAAGAAACACAAGUGUGCUGGUGAGAACAGCAGAAGCUAAUGAAGAUGCAGGAUUUGAAAUAAACUGUCAAAACUUUGUUAACUUUGACUUUCUAACAACAUCAGCACAUAUAACAUGUGUGACAUCAUUGUUGUGUGUGUAACACAAUCUUGUUAAUAUGAUUCCAACAUUUUUAGAUUAGACCAGGGGUGUCAAACUCAAAUACAGAGUGGGCCAAAAUUUAAAACUGAACAAAGCCGCGGCCAAGGUUGAACAAAUUAACCUUUUAAUAGGGACCCAAACAAGUUUUGCAUUGAAUAUUGAACAAGCAAGGCUUAUAUAACUUUAUAGUGACAUGCAAAAUGGAGUUUCAAAUAAUAAUAAUACUAAUUCAAAAAUAUCAAUGGCAUAUCAAAUAAAAUGUAAAUAAAAAUUGAAUGCCUCUUUUCUAUUUGCAGCCUUCUGAGGUAAAUAUCAAAAUAAACUUUUUCCACAGGCUAAUAAUAAAUUUGAAAAUAAAAUAACAAUAAUGAAUGAAUCAAACAUUCAAGCCUUGAAGUAGCAAGAGAAAGUGCAUGAAUAAAACGUUAAUUAUUGCUCAGUUUGCUACACUGAUUUGCUUUAACAUUGAAUAUGGAACAAACAACGCUUAUAUAACUUAAUAGUGCAAAAUCAACUUUCAAAAAACUUAAAUGGUAUAUUAAAUAAAAUUUUAAUAAAAUAUGAAAUGCCUCUUUUCUAUUUGCAGCCUUCUGAGGUAAAUAUCAACAUUAACUUUUUC